GCUCGAUAGACACGACCUGAGCACCACCUCCACAACAAGCCAGGCGCAAGUUACCGAGCAGGGUGUUCGCCGACACCCGAUUGAUCGGGUUCAACAUGCUGUCCGGAUGGAGCGCCCCUGGUGCGUGGGUGCCCCCUACCAUGUCAGUCGUGACCAGGUUUGCGUGGACCAACGACACCAGAGUGUUGUAGGUGGUGGCUUCCAAACGCGACAUGCGCAAGCGUGUCACUCCCCAGUGUGGAGCCGGG